UCGCGCAUGCGGCCACUAAGCUAUUCUAACGCUCAUAUUAAGAAAUUUGCUUUCAUUUCUGGUUGCAUUCCUUUGUUGGGUAUGAACAAACUUUCCCGAACGUGCACAUUGCUCGGCGCGCCCCUCGCUUUGUUCUGAUUAGUAUUUACCAUUGCGCAGUGGUUCUUUUUCGGAAAUGAAGUUCCACAAGUCCUUCGGACUACCUCCCCUGUAACCUCGCCGUUCAGUCGUCAGCCCUCGUGUGUUCUAAAUAUGUAGGCUACAGAUAUAUGUUAUGGAUAGGCUCUUUUGUGUUUUAUGUGCGCGCGGAUUUUGUGUGUCUGCAGCAUAUAUUCGGCAUCUGUGUCCUACAGGAAAAAUAUUCCGGAAACGUUCCCUCUGUCAAAACACAUCCUAAAUUAACAGAAGAGGUUUCCUCCAUUCCUCCCUUUAAAGACAGCAAAGCACGACUGACUGCAGUUUACGUUUUAUAACCGUAUUAGUACACAAGUCUGAUUCAUUAUUUUUAAAGUUAAUUGAGCAGAAACUAUUUCUGGCAUUCAGUAUAUAUAAUAUAGUGCGUUAUACUUUCAGAAUGAACGUGUAGCAUAGUUGUGAUUCAGUGAACCUGCAUGGUUAUAAUCCGCUGAUUCGUUAGAAAAGGAAAAAUAAUUCAAAUGUAGCCUAAGUUAGGUUGGGUGUAAAUGUAAAUGCGUGCUCUCAUUUGUUUCUGUUUUGAAUCAGUUUCUCACUCUCAAAAUUCAAGCAAAUGUCGACCCCACUUCAUUUGGCCUUUUUUUCCUUCAUUUUUUGAAAUGGUGCUCGUGUUCUGUUUUCACUGUUAUAACUACACACAGACCCUAACAUGAUCUGAAGUCCCCCCUGUGAAAAAUACAGUUAUUCUAUUAUAAUAUAUUCUAACAAACCAAUAUUCAGACGAAAUUGUGAAGAACCUCGUUUCUUCGUUCCUUCGUUCCUUAUUUGAAUCAAGCUCCAGAAAUAGGCUAUGUGUUCUCUGAGGCAUCGUAACCGUUUCAAAUUAUAGACAGGUGGCCUUUAUACGUCGGUGUCCGUUUGCCUCAAUUGAAAUCAUACGGUGUACAGUAGGUAUAAUUGGGAUAUUGUCUAGCUAUUUGAAUAGAAGUUAAAAGUAGAACAGCUGUGGCAAUAUUCCUGUCCCCGGGCAGAGUUUCGCAUAUACGAUUCAGCUUAUUGCCGCAGUCUUUUUUUAUUUUUAAAGGUAAAUGUUCUUAUUAUUCUCUGGACGGAAGUGGUAAAUUGUUUUCUUUCUUUUUUGUGUGUCGCUCCAAGCUUGGAACACAGUAAAUCAAUGUAGGCUACACUAACCUUUAAUAACAAGGUUUGGCUUUCGUUGUUGGCUUCAAGUCAUUUAAGAAAAUAAAUUCUUCCAGGGCUAUGUAGAGCCACAAAACCACAACGGCAGUUUUUUAAGGACAGCCGGCAAUGGGCGUCACGCACAUGCAAGCCCUCAUGAAAACACGGGCAGCACCCCACACGGGUCCUCUCGGAGAAAUCUGUCAAUUUCUGCCCUCGGUCACGUGACCCGUGUCUCUCUGGAAUGGAUGGAGAUGGAUCUCCACGUCAGCUCGCCGUCUCAAAAUUUCUGCUCUGCGGACCUGCUUCAAAGAGGCGCGAGCAGGCGGCGCCGGAGAACCAUGUCACGCGCCGCCACUCGGAGGAGCCCCCAGCAAGAGAAGUGAUGGAUUUUGACGAGCGGGUCUCGGUUGGGUCGAACAUGUAUUUGCCCAGCUGCACCUACUACGUCUCGGGGACAGACUUUUCCAGCCUCCCCUCGUUUUUAGCCCAGACCCCGUCCUCGUGCCCUGCGACGUACACCUACUCGUCUAACCUGCCGCAGGUUCAGCCAGUGAGAGAGAUAACCUUCAGGGACUACACCAUCGACUCCUCCAGUAAAUGGCACCACAGAGGGGAACUGUCUCACUGCUACCCCACCGAAAACCGGGUCCACAGGGACUGCCUGCCUCCCCCGGCCGCUGGGGAAAUGUUCGCGAGAAACAGUCCCUCCGCCGGCUACCACUCCGGCUCCAGCGCGGCUUCCAGCUUCUACGCCAAUGUGGGCAGGAACGGGGUGCUGCCGCAGGUUUUCGACCAGUUCUUCGACUCGGCAUACGGAAACACCGAGACUCUGUCCGACGUGUUCCCAGGGGAGAAAAUCGCCGACAAGCUGACGACUCCGGCGCCCGGUCCUUGCCGCGAGACCGACGCGAAAGACCGCGGAGACGAGAUCAGCAGCCCGGAGGCCUCUUCCGGCAACAGUGGGGAGAAGCCUGGCAGCGGCAGUGGCCAGAGAACGCGUAAAAAGAGAUGUCCCUACUCUAAGUAUCAGAUAAGGGAACUGGAGCGAGAGUUUUUCUUUAGUGUCUACAUCAACAAGGAGAAACGACUGCAUCUCUCGAGGAUGCUUAAUCUCACCGACCGCCAGGUCAAGAUCUGGUUUCAGAACCGGCGAAUGAAGGAGAAAAAACUGAACAGGGACCGUCUACAGUAUUACAGCACAAACCCGCUGCUUUAGCGCGCGUGGCUUCGGACUCCGUCAGGGCCGCGAAAGCACCGGACACCAGAGGUUAAUUUCAAGUUCGAGGAUGCGGAAAGACUAGACGAAAGCGCGAGGAAGAAGAGCCCGGGCGGCAUUCGGCAACCUAUUGCAUUAACCUCGCGAGGCCAAGUACCAUUGUCCACAGCAUUACUCCUGUUCACGCGCACCGACUCUACAGAGUUAAUGGCUGAAUGAUCAGAGAACGCCGUCUGUUUUCAGUCCUUCAACCUGUGUUUGCGCUGGUUGCGCCGAGACUGUCAGGUUGUACCCUAUCCUACUCUGCCCUCGUUGUGUCUUGAUGGUUCAAAAACAAACAAACAAAAAAACAGCGAUGCGGAGGUCGACACUAUGUAAGCUGUUUCCGAUUCAGGUCUAUUUAUACAUAAACCGACAAAUUUUCAUCUGCAUCUUUUUAUUUUUAUUUUUUUAAGUAAAGUUUGUUGCGCCAGACAGGCACGAGGUUGUUGGUGUGCAAUAUUAUGAACUUUAAACCGUGGCUGCUGCACGCGGCCUCACCCCACUCACGUGUAUGUGCAAACGAGAACAUAAUUAUUCACUUCUGGUGCGUCGUAUUUUACUAUUGAGUAUUGUACGCAGAGAGAAGAAGCAAUAUUGGGUGGACAGCGUCUCUGUAUAUACAGGCAAAAGUGCUGAUAAUUUAUGCGCAGCUAUUUGCGUUUAUUGUUGUUUUUAAUUAUAAAGAAGAAGAAAAAAAAAAAACCAAAAACGUAUGCUCGCGCAGGUAAAACUGAGUCGCUGCCUGAUCACAAGUAGUAGCUCCUGGUCCAUUUAUAUUCGAAUAAGGUGCUGCAUAAGUGAUAAGUGCUUAAGUGAGAUUCCUCAUUUGAACAAUAUUCACAUAAGAAGAUUGGGGCACUAUGCUUGGUCUGUCCAAGAAUGUAUGCAUUAAUAUUAUUUUGUAUGGUACGUUGGGGAUGGGAGUGUUGACUUUUAGAAGGACGGGAUGGGCUGCUCGUCUGUGCUUCGCCAUUCUGUCUGAAAUGUAAAUGAUAUUCACCCCAGCUUUCAUUUUGUUUCUUUUAUUAUUCGUGCAUUUUUUCCAAGAAAUAAACGCGUUACCUCA